AUGGCUUCUGAUGAUUUUGUGAAGGAUGCGAGGCUGGUCGAGGAGAUGGUGAACGUCGAAGAGGGAGGGAAGGUUGUUCCCAGCUCGUUGGAAUCAGGAAGUAGCAGUGUGGAGAUGGGGAGGAGCUUCGAUCAUCUUGAACAGGAUCAUCAUGAUACCUUAGUCUACAGUUUGUGGCCGCGAUUAGUUUUGAAGAGUGUCUGCACUGUGUUACUAAGAGCCCGGAUCAAGGUGUUGUUGCCAUUUGGCCCUUUGGCUAUAUUCAUCAAUUACUACACUGCAGACCCUGGAUGGGUCUUCUUUCUCAGUUUAUUAGGUAUAACACCUCUGGCUGAGCGUCUAGGCUAUGCAACUGAGCAGAUUGCGUACUACACCGGACCGACAGUUGGUGGUCUUUUAAAUGCAACGUUUGGGAAUGCAACGGAAAUGAUUGUAUCAAUCUAUGCUUUGAAGAGUGGCAUGGUAAGGGUUGUCCAACAGUCUUUGUUGGGCUCCAUUUUGUCAAAUUUGCUCAUGGUACUUGGAUGCGCCUUCUUCAUUGGGGGGAUUGUUCAUCGUGAUAAGAAGGUUCAGGUUUUCAAUAAGGCAGCUGCAGUUGUUGAUUCUGGAUUGUUGCUGGUGGCAGUGAUGGGGAUCAUGAUACCAGGUGUGCUUCACUCAACUAACACAGAAGUUCAGCUCGGAAAAUCAGAGCUGUCGCUUUCAAGGUUCAGCAGCUGCAUGAUGCUCCUCGCAUAUGCUACUUACCUUUUCUUCCAGCUUAAAAGUCACAGCUAUCUGUAUAAUCCUGUUCAUCAGGAGGAUGUUCCAGAUGAAGGUCUGGAGGAAGAGGUGCCUGAAAUUACUCAGUGGGAAGCAAUUUCUUGGCUUGCAAUUUUAACUUUCUGGGUCUCUGUGUUGUCUGGUUAUCUUGUUGAUGCUAUUCAGGGAGCAUCUGAAUCAUUACAUUUACCUAUGGGUUUCAUCAAUGUAAUAUUAAUUCCAAUAGCUGGAAACUCUGCUGCAUACGCCACCACCAUAAUGUUUGCCAUCAAAGAUAAGCUUGAUAUAACCCUUGGCGUUGCGAUUGGAUCAUCCACUCAGAUAGCCAUGUUUGCGAUCCCUUUUUAUGUGGUGGUUGGGUGGAUAGUGAACCAACCAAUGGACUUGAACUUCCAACUCUUUGAGACGGCUACCCUUUUGAUCACCGUGGUGAUUGUUGCAUAUACACUACAGGAAGGGACAUCAAGUUGCAUUAAAGGAUUAAUACUGAUGUUUUGCUACUUAAUAGUUGGGGCUAGUUUCUUUGUACAUGUUGACGACAGCAUAUAG